UAUUUACGCACCUGCAAUGACGUAGUAAAAUCUCCCGCUCUUUUCCCCAAAGUCAAACCAUCGUGAACAUCUCACAUCGCCAACAAUGGCUGCUGAUUUACACCUCCCCCGCCAACUGCCAGGAGCUUACAAGACACUGACCGCCGAGUGCCACUGCAGAUCCGUCCACUUCCGCGUCACCGUUCCGACAUCCGCGCUCCCUCUCCCGGUGCACCUCUGCCACUGCAGCAUCUGCCGCUUCACCCAUGGCUCGCUCUGCUGCUUCCACGCUCCCCUGCCGAAAGGCAUCGAGCCCGAGUUCAUCGCGCCCUCUUCGCUAGAGUCUUCGGUCACGGGCUACAUCCACUCGCCGCAAGCGGCGUCGGAGCGCUUCUUCUGCAGCACCUGCGGCUGCCACAUCGGCGACAGAGACGUGAAGCCGGACCCGGAGACGGGCAAGCCCGAAUGGCGCGUCGCAACCUCCAUCUUCGCGGCCCACGGCGAAGACACGUUCCAGAUCCGCUCGCACUGGAUGAGCGACGCCGCCACCGAGCCCAACCUGUCCACCUGGCUGCCCGCCAUCAACUCGCGGCCCGUCCACGUCCACAACCCGCGCCCGGACGACCCCAACUUCCCCUUGGCCGCCGCCGCCGGCCGCCAGGCCGCGAAGCCAGAAGGCCUCCCAGACGGCAACGACGUGCUCCUCGCCCAGUGCCACUGCGGCGGCGUGCGCUUCACCAUCCCCCGCCCGUCCGCCGAAGAAGUCGCAGACCCGUUUCUCUCCCGCUUUCUCCGGCCCAGUCCCACCCCUUCCACCACCACCAUUACCACUGAGUUUAGGUCUAAGACUGAGAGUCAGAGUGAAAACGGACCAUGCACCCGUCUCACAGGCCAGCCCACCCUAAAACGCGUCGCAACAAUCUGCCUAUGCCGCGACUGCCGCCUCACAACGGGCACCCACGCCGUAGCAUGGACAGCCGCACCGCUGAGGUCCCUCUCCCCGCCGAUCCCGCCGUCCUUGCAGGGCGGGCUGGGGAUGGAUGGCACGAUGACAACGCUCAAGAGCUACCGCUCCUCGGAGAGAGUCCGGCGCGGCUUCUGCGGCGUGUGUGGCGCCACGGCGUUGUAUGCGCUGGACGAUGACGACUGGGUUGCGCCUAGGAGCGAGAGCGAGGAGGAGGAGAAGCGGGUGGUGGAGAUUGCCGUGGGCAUUCUGAGGGGUUCUUCUUCUGAUGACUCGGUGGUGGCAGUCGAAGGGUGGUUGGCCUGGCGGACGGGCCGGUUGGCUGGGUUGGAGACGGGGAGGGAGUUUGAUCCCGGAUUUGCUGAUGCGUUGGCGGAGGGGUUGAGGGAGUGGGGUGUUAAGAGGCAUGGGGAGAGCGUGAGUUUUGAUAUACCGCAGGAGCAGUAGGAGGGUUAGUGUGUCUGCUGUUAUGUGGGAUGGAAGAUCAAAGAGUAGGUGACUUAUAUCGUAUCUAUCCCAGGUCAUGAUAUUCAUCAAUCCAUACGCUAAGCUACCUGGUACCAAGGACAGU